AACUGGUGAAAGUCAUUAUACGACAAGUUGGUUUGUAGAAGCGGUUCUUGAGAGACACAGACAUGAAUCUUCAGGGAUGUACAUGGUCGUCGUGGUUGUGGGUGAUGUUGGUAACGUUGGUGAUGAUGACACGGGCACAAGCAGCGCUGCCUGAUUUCAUGUUUGGAUGGAGUGCAAUGGAGACGCGAACACAGGCUGGUCGACCAAUCAACCGAACCUUGAGUACCUUCCGAGCAGGCAUUCUAAGCCAGAAUAUAUUCAACACGACUGAGGGUGUGUUGUUAAACGAGGUUCUGUUUCAAGGCGACAUCAAACUGAGGGUGGAGGAAGCCAGGGAGAUCCUCAACUCCAUCUCGAAACGAAGACGCAAACGGAAGAUCACAGCCAACCAGGACAAGUGGUGGACGCUCCCGAUACCCUAUCGAUUUGAUGAGGAAUUAAGCUUUAACAAGACGGAGAAGGCUCAGAUCCUGGAGGGCGUGCGACAUUGGGAGGAACACACAUGCAUCCGGUUCCAGGAAGUUCCGAUAGACACCCCUCUCCGGCCCGUGCUGUUGUUCAAGAAACACACAGGAUGCUGGUCCUAUGUGGGCAAGGAAAAUGCCUUUAAACUACAGGAAAUAUCCGUGGGAGAAGGCUGUUUCUCUUUGGGGGUCGUGGUGCACGAACUGGGACACGCCAUUGGGUUUUGGCACGAGCACUCUCGCCCUGACCGUGACGACCACAUCAGGGUCAAGUACGAGAACGUCCGCGUCGGCGAGGACUUCAACUUCUUAAAGGAAUCGUGGCGUUACCUUGACAACCUGGAUGUGCCGUAUGACAUAGGAUCCGUCAUGCACUAUGGUUCCACGGCGUUUUCAACAGGAAGCAAAGCUACGAUCGAAACUCUCGAACCUUUGGAGCAGAAUGUGCUGGGUCAACGUCAGAUGUUGUCUUUCUAUGACGCCAAGCAGGCCAACCUCGCCUACUGUAAAGACAAAUGUACAUCUUCGCCAGUCAAGGGAAUGUGCCAGUAUGAGGGUUAUCCAGACCCUAAUGAGUGCUCCCGGUGUAAAUGCCCGGAUGGCCUUACAGGAACCACGUGCCAGUUGGUAGCGCCAUCUGUAGGUACGUCGUGUGGUGGGGUCGUACAGAUACAGGGCCGGGAAACGUACACCAUCCAAACUCCCGGGUACCCGUCUCACUACCAGCCUAACGUGCAGUGCAACUGGAUCAUCAAGGCCGCCAAGGACAAGGUUGUCAACCUGAUGCCAAUCCAAGAUGGCUUCCUGUCAAAACAACCAUCCUGCGACAGCUUUGGUGGCAAUGUUUGUGAUGAAGAAUACACUGAAAUAAAGUACAGAGUCAGUAUGGCCAAGACAGGAGCCAGAUUCUGCUGUGGCGAAGCACCCACCUCUGCCAUACAGUCGGAGAACAACACAAUGAUGGUACUCUUCAGAACCAAACACGGCGGUGUCGGUGGCUUUAAGUUUAUCGUGUCUUCAACGUCUUGCGGCGGCUGCUUGGAGCAGACGACCACCGACCAGCCGGCGUGCAUGGUCCAGGAGACGAGGUGGUGUCCGAAGAUGUGGACAUUGAAGGAGUGGGUGCCAUGUCCAUCCUUCUUCAGACCCGUGGGAUGGAGAUGCGGGUACUACGCAAUAAAAACAGCGUAUCGACGUGGCGAGUGUCUACGGGAAGUAGGCCAAUGCUGUGGUGACUUCAAGCUUUCUGGUAACAGGUGCACAUUGACGUUAGCCGAUCCCCAUGUAGUGACGACACACUCCACAAUCACUGAUAUUGUAGAGGGGAGUGCGCUGGCCAUCAGCAACGACGUCAUCGACACCGGUUGGUCCACGUGGUCUUCGUGGUCGGCGUGCUCACGGUCAUGCGGUGGAUGCGGGACACGAACCAGGACACGUGCUUGUGAUAAACAGAAGAGAUCCUGCAGCAACCAGACGGAGGACAAGCAGACGGCGAACUGCCAGGACAACCCGUGUCCCUCCGCCAGGGUCCUGUGUCCCAAGAAGAGAAGCUACCAGCAGCAGUGCAUGAUCUGGUCCUCCAAGAUGUGCACAAGGUACCAGACCUACAUGGCCGUGUGCAGCACUCAGUGUUGUACGGGAUAUUCCCUGCAGAAUGGGAAGUGUGUCGAAAACCCAAGCUAGUUCUCCAACUACCACCAACCAAUUCUAUCUGUGAUAUUACUGGCUGACCAGCAAGCUAGAAACACUAUGUCCAAGCAGGCUGACCAUGUUGAUGUCAGCUCUUCCACAGACAUCAGAGCCUUCGAUUCUCCCCUUCUGUGGGCAUAACAACAUAUUGAGGAUGCCAGUGGCGUCAAAUGACCACAAAAGGAUCACCAAUCAGUUGGUCCAAGCCUCCAAGAAGUGCUUCUAUCUCUCUCUCUUACCGUUUUGUAACAGUGGGCGUCCAUUGCUGUGGUGAUGGAGGAAUGAUGUGCUUCAUGUAUGGUCAUAGUUCAUUGUUAUAUUUCAUGUCAGACAUCACCAUCAGUUUUGUUAUAUUAUAUGUUUUCUUGUCUUGUUUUGUAUACAUGCUUGGCAGGAAUUAUGCCCUCAGUAUAGCUUUCUAUCCCUGCUUGUACAUAUUAUGACUAUACACGUACAAUUCAAGUUAAGUGUUUCAUACUAGAUGUCUUCAUUGCUCAGUGAGUGAAUGUUGUUUUACGACACGGUCGGUGGUGUUCAAACUCUAUCACUCAACCUGGAUAUAAUCAUGUCACCAACUUUGAUCAUCUAUCUACACUUCAGUGACACACAACAAUAAGGCAGACAUUGUGAGCAACUGAUCCGCAUUGUGGUCGCCUCUUGCCAUAAGCAUUCUGCCGUGAAAUCCCCUUUCUGGCCACACUCAAUCAGACAUCUUA